AUGCAGGCUCUCCAUCGUCACCUGUUUCAAUUGCGCCAGACGAGGCUCCUGCGGCUCGUUGCUGUGACCGCUGCGGUGUUGCUGGGCUACACUACAGUCUACCUUCUAUAUCUACGCGAUGAUUUCCCCGAUGACGGCGUCAGUCUUUCGAGCAACCCUUCUACCAACUACGUCAACAGUACCUGCUCCGUCGAUCUCGACCGGCUCCGAGCCCACGCCCCCAAUGCCUCCGUGGUGCAAUACGCACGCCUCGAGAUCGUGGUGGCACGAACCCGUACCUUCACCGGCUACUCGGAUUCCCUCAACGUAUCCCUCCCUACAUACCAGUCCGUCCGAUUGGACACGGACCGCAAGCGAGAAAGACUUCCGGAAGAACGCUGCGCUACAUCCGUGACCAUUCCGGGUCCUGUGGAUAGCGCCCCUGCCAAUGCCUCGCACUUGAUUUUCGGCGUUGCGACGUCGAUGGAGAGACUGAACGCGUCCCUGGAUGCCUUUGCCCAUUGGGCGGGCGGAACCAACGCCCAGAUCGUCGCCGUCGUCGACAAGGGAGGGUCACUCCUAACACCGACCAUGGAGCGUGCAAACGCGUUGGGAAUCCGUCUUACCGUCGUUGAACAACAGGACGAAGUCCUGGACCGAUAUUUCUCCCUGAUUCGCAUCCUGAUGGACCGCCGGGAGGAGUCGACCCAAUGGGCGGUUCUUAUCGACGACGAUACGUUCUUCCCUUCCAUGCAGAACCUGGUAAACCGACUGGCAUCGUACGAUGCCACUCAACCGCAGUAUAUCGGAGCGUUGUCGGAGGAUAUGUCGCAGAUGUACGGGGCGGGCCAUAUCGCGUACGGCGGCGCGGGCGUCUUCCUGUCCAUACCGUUAAUGCAGGAGCUUCACGAGGUCUUCGAUGAUUGUUAUCUCUUCAAGGGGGCAGGGGAUGGGAUGGUCGCGCAGUGUAUCUAUGAGCACACAACAACGAAACUUACGUGGGACCGAGACCUGCACCAGCUGGAUCUGCGCGGGGACGCGUCGGGGUUCUAUGAGUCGGGUCGUCCGCUGCCUCUGUCGCUGCACCACUGGAAAUCAUGGCACCAUGCGGACAUGGUGGCGCUGGGAAAGGUGGCCGCGGUGUGUGGCGAAGGAUGCCUGCUUCGACGGUUGCAGUUGGCAGACGAUUGGUAUCUCGUCAAUGGGUUUUCGGUCAUCAAGUACUCCCGACCCCUGCGGGACCCCAACGUGAUGGAGCAGACGUGGGAAGACAGCCAAUACCAAGGGGUUGGACCGUUCGCAUAUAGCUUGGGACCGCUUCGGGGUCGAGACGAGGACAAGGUUUCCUUGCGGAUGCGGGAGGCUCAGGUGGAAGGACCCGGUCGGGUGCGACAGGUGUACGUCCGCGAGGAUGAGGAUGCUCAGGUGCUAGACGUGGUGUGGAAAGUAGCGUCCUGA